UCCUCCUUCUCCCUUUCCCACCUCCUUCGCCUCCUCCCCCUUCCUGGUUGCUUCUCGUUCUCCUCCCCUAGUGGCGGCCCUGAUCCUACGUAAGGGAAUGACUACCAGGUACACCAACGAAAAUAGGGUGCAAGCCCAGAAACCAUUUCUCUACCACCACUUGUUGAGAAACUGAUUUGAAAGCAACUGUUUGGAACAGGCAGAGGGUGCCCGGAUUUGACAUCUCUCUUUUCUCAGAUUGGGAACCCUUCACUGCUAAGUGUCAAGGCAACAAAACUGGAAACUAACUUGACCUUUAUUGAAAACCAGAAUGGAGCGAUUUGUAGUAACAUCUCCUCCUGCUCGAAACCGUUCCAAGACUGCUUUGUAUGUGACUCCUUUGGAUCGUGUCACUGAGUUUGGAGGUGAAUUACAUGAAGAUGGAGGAAAACUGUUCUGCACUUCUUGCAACGUGGUACUUAAUCAUGUUCGCAAGUCUGCCAUCAGUGAUCACCUCAAGUCCAAGACUCACACCAAAAGAAAGGCAGAGUUUGAAGAACAGAAUGUAAGGAAGAAACAAAGGCCUCUUACAGCAUCUCUUCAGUGCAACAGUACUGCGCAGACAGAGAAAAUCAGUGUUAUCCAGGACUUUGUGAAAAUGUGCCUGGAAGCCAACAUCCCACUUGAGAAAGCUGAUCACCCAGCAGUUCGUGCUUUCCUGUCUCGCCAUGUGAAGAAUGGUGGUUCCAUACCUAAGUCAGACCAGCUAAGGAGAGCUUACCUCCCUGAUGGGUAUGAGAAUGAGAAUCAGCUCCUUAACUCACAAGAUUGUUGACAAGGGAGGUUAUCAUCAUUGUGAACAAGACAAAUGACGUGGAGUAUUAAAGUUAUGUGUUGAUUGUGUGGUUCAUUUUUAUAUUUAUUUCAUUAAAAUCUUGUGAUACAGAAUAGUUUUGCAAUGUGUAUAUAGCUGCGGAAGUGACAACCUCACUGCAGAACUUGAUAAUUUAGCCACUGGUGGUGUAAAACAGAACUUCAGUUUAGAGUAUGCUAGAGUAUCUAAAGCCUGAUGGUUUUCUUUCAAACUUAUGGUUUUCCCCUAAAAGUUUUAUGCAUCAGAAGUCCUGCCCUGCUUUUUACCAUGUAUGACUGUUCCAUAAGAAGUUCCUUAAAUAUUUAGGGAAAAAAAUAGCAUAGGAAACUGAAGCUGCUGCCAAGGAAUACUGCUGAUGGUUAAUUUUUUGUUGUUGUUCUUUUGUUAUUGGAGGGUUUUUUGAUGUAAUUAGAGUGCCAUCUAAUAGAAUAAAGUGUGCUUCUGCUGUAUUCUUAGUUCAGAGCAGGUGAAGGCUCUUAUUGUCCCAUUUCAAGCUAUACUUCACUGUAACUUGGUUGUCUGAAGUGUCCCCUUAUCCCACUUUUUUUCAUGAGUGCCAGGAAUCAUAGUAAGACAUUAGAUAACAGUAAUUUUGCUCUUUUAAAAUGAACAGAAUUUCACAGGCAAAAUAUACCCAUGGACUCUUGGUUUGGAUUUUGAAAUACACUUUAAAUUUCAAGCGUCCCUUUCUUCUUGUACAUGCAUUCAUUGGAUUCCAAAACCCUUUUUACAUAUAAAUUCACUCUUAAUAAUAAAUGGAAAUUUGGCUUUGAUGUCUUAACUAUGGAUAAGUUAAAUUAAACAGUAAGUCUAAUUGUACUAAGUUGGAGUAUCCUGUUGCAUGGAGUAAUCCUCUGCCUAUGCUGUCAGGUUAGUGCAGAUGGAAAUUGUUAUCCAUAUAGUUUUGCUAAUGUGAUUUUAACUCAUACAUGCCUCAUGAGGUAGAAAGACCAGGAACUAGAAAACUUGUAUUUUUUUACUUUCUUGAAAAAGUUUUAUUUCUGGUGCUUCACUGUUUUUAGGAAUAGUAUAAAAUAGGACCUAAUUAGAAAUUCUGGCAAGACAUUUGGGGGUAGGCUUCUGGCAGCAUCAUGCAUAAGUAUUUUGGGGAAAAUGAUUGUCAUUUCUGCCGAAGGGUCUACCAUAUUCAGGAAAUGAGCUCUUUCUGACUCUUAUUAUCUCAGUAAGGCAAAUAGCACAGCUUUUAUAGAUUUCAAGUCCAAACCACAGGAGAACCAAAUUAUAUGCUUUUAAAAGUUAAUCACUUGCUAACUUGGGCUAGUGCUUUUUUGAUAUAUAUCAUUUGUUGCUUGAACAUAUACAAGAUAAAAAUUACUUAAAACAACAUUUUUUUUCCUUUAAAAAAGCAAUGGUGGAGUCCCUUGUAACUAAGGGUAAUAAGGUUUCUUAAAAAAAUACAUUAUAUGUCAUGUAGUGCUGUGCUCACAAGGAAAAUGAGGCCAAAGUGGGUGGAUUUUAUAUUUUCCAUGCUUAAAUUUCUAAGAAAAUGCUUUCAAGGUGCUAGUUGAAUUGCAUUUUUGGUCUCCAUUUGAGUUCAGAUUCUAAGUAUCUUUUCCUACCCCUUAACCCCUAAAAAAUUAGCCUGUCUUAAAAAGUUACUUUAUAUAACUUAGACUACUAAGUUUUAUUUUUUUCUGUUUCUACAGUUAUGGCAAAUUAAUGCAGCAGAUUCUCCACAUAGUGCUAUCAUUGAAAAGGCACCAAUUAAGGAACUAAAUAUCUUUCCCAACAAAAACACACACUUUACUUUUAUGUUAGAAAGGCACUGGGAGUUGGGUCAUGUUUGCUUUAGCAUACAGGGUGAUACGAAAAUCCAAGAAACUAGGGAAACACUUCUAGUACUUCAGGUUAAAAAAAUGAGGAUAGGUGUAUCAGCUGAUUGUUGAUUUCAGAUAAUUCUUGUUUUCUUUCUCUGUAUUUUAGUAUUAAUUUACUCUGAAGGCAAACUAUCAACAGUAGGUCAUAUUCUACUUUCAUUGGUUAUUUUUAUUAUCAAUGAUUUGAUGACUUUCAUUUAUACAUCAUAUCUUUGUGUGCUUCAACAAGCCCCUAACUAUAUUACCACACGUAUUAUAUGUAAGGGCGUAAUCCCAUCUUUCUGUAAGAGUCAUGAGAUCAUAUUCUCAGGGGUCUUUCCCUUGCCCACUAUCUCAUGCUUCUGGGGCUUUAUUAAUGGUAAUAUUUCUUGACUGAGUAUGACAUUUUGUGUCUCUGAGACUAUUUAACUUUGUCUCAUAGCUUAUAAGGCAGAUUGCCCAAUUUUAGCCUUUCCAAAACUGGUACAAAUCAAUGAAACCAUAGUUGAGGUAUGUUGGAUAGAAUAAACAGAAAUAUUUGAGGCCUAUGCUGCCUUGGGGUAUGAUGGACAUUUUGUACAGAAACCCUUUCAACCUUAACUUUAUAGUGUUAAUGUGAUGCUAUGCUAUUGGGAAAAAAAUAGCCUUUUUCUAUUUUGUAACUUUUAUGUAUACGUAAAAGGUUGUUUAAUGUUUCAUUUACAAACUUCAUUCUUCAAGACAUGCUUACCUGUUAAUAGUGUUUUCUCUAAACAUACAAUAGUCUGUCUUCCAGGAAUUCAUUAUAUGCUUACCGUUAAUAAUUUAUGGAUUGUUGGAAAGGAAAAUUACUUGUAGGCAAAGCAAGAUUGAAGGACAAUGUAACUUUCUUGCAGGGUGAAACUUAAGGAUUAUGUUUGAGAGAGAACCAUAUUGUUUUAUCAGUUCCUGCCAUCAAAUAAGAAUCUUUUGCAAAUGCCGCUUCUCAAAGCUUUUUGGCCCUGAUAAAAAUGUUUCCUAUGAUCCUAAAUUAUAAAGGACUAGGAAACAUUUAAGAAACAGCUCUGUCUUAGAAAUAUAAAUUGGUUAACUAUUUGAGAUUGUGUCUGAUGUGUAUUUAAAAAAAAAUAGUUUCAACAACCAGUAAUGUGGGCAAGUGAUAGCUGAAAUUUUCCAUUUUAGAUAUUCAUCUAAAAAUGUUUAUUAAAUAAAAUAUAUAACAAUGGGAAAUAUAAAAAAAUCACAAAGUCUUUCAAAUAUGGUGAUUCCAUAUUUUCAUUCUUUUAAAGGUGUUCUUUGUGCUUUGAUUUGCUUUAGAUACCAACUAUACUUAACUAAUAAGUAUAUUAUGUGGAUGGAAUCACUUUAAGCCCUCAAAAAUUAAUUCAUAAAAUGCACUUAGUAUAACAAUUUCGAUUAUAACCAACAUAACAUUUAAAUUGGUUUAGGUUAUUUCUCCCUCUCCUAUUGACUAGAACAAAUUAAAUAAUGAAGUGGCUAUCUUAAACCCUGGUUUAUUUCAUUGCACAGUAUCAUAGGUUUCUGAGGGAAAUAAAACUAACUGACCUAGUGGUAUUCUACUCAUAUUCAGAGUACUGUAAUAAAAGUUAACUAUGUUCAUUUUUGUUCUCAAUGCUAAUUUUCUUUGCUCACGCAUGUAUCCUGAAAUAUUAACGUCUGUGUCGCUUUUAAAGUUUUGUCUGUGACUUUUAGAAAUAAAUUUUUUUACAAAAAAUUAA